AUGGCUCAGGUUCUGGGAGUCAUGACUUCAGGCGAGAUGACUCUCACUCAUGGCAAUGCAGUUGCAGGGAUCAUAGUUGGAAAACGUCAUAACGGUGCAUGUGGAGUAGGAUUGGCCUAUGAUGCCACUGUAGCAGGUAUCCGCAUCCAUGAUGAUGGCACUAUGUCAACUGAUGCAGCACAAUCCGCGGGCUUGGUUCAUAAACUAGACAGUAUCGACAUAUACUCUAACAGCUGGGGGCCUGGGGACAUAGGCUGGCAUGUAAAGGGUCCAGGACCGCUCACCGAGAAAGCCUUGGAACGAGGCAUAAAAGAGGGUCGGAAUGGCCUGGGUGCUAUCUAUACGUUUGCAGCUGGAAAUGGCGGAAUGUCAGGAGACAGCUGUGCCUACAGUGGUUAUGUAAAUAGUAUUUACACCAUCGCCAUCAACGGAGUAAAUAAAGAUGGAUCUCUUCCCGUCUAUGCUGAGGAAUGUCCUGGAAUCAUGGCUACUACGUACAGCAGGGAUACGUUUACAGGAUACGGAAAAGUUAUAACAGUUGAUAAUAAAGAUGGAUGUGUCGAUAAUUUUGGGGCCACGUCAGCGGCUACCGCCAUGGCAUCAGGGCUGAUUGCAAUCACGUUGCAAGCAAACCCUCAGCUAACCUGGCGCGACGUUCAGCACAUUAUAGCUCAGAGCGCAAGAGCAGCACCGGGUGGGGUUCCGCUCAAAAACGGCGAUUGGCGCCGAAACAAAGCAGGUCUGUACGUCAGCAAGUUUUAUGGUUUUGGACUUAUGGACGCUGGCAAAAUGGUGAACCUAUCCAGGAGCUGGAACAAAGUCCCUCGGCAACUGAAAUGCAAAAUCGAAGGCAGUGAGAAAAACAGGCGUAUACCAAGUACUUUUUCCAUGAAAGUGCCGGAAGAUUGUCCAAUCGAAUUCCUGGAGCACGUGCAGGUCAAAGUAAAUCUUGAUUUCUCUCAACGUGGUGAUCUGUCCCUGAAAUUGAGGGCACCAAGUGGUACAGUUUCUCCACUGACAGGAAGACGCAAAGUUGACAACUUAAGAAGAGUCAGUAACUUGACAGACUGGGUUAUAACGACUCUGUUCCACUGGAAAGAGAAUGCUACAGGACGAUGGGAACUCAGUGUUGAUGACUUCGAUCCAAUUACUCCUAGUACAGGUACACUUUACGGCUGGUCCUUGAUGUUGUAUGGCACUUCGUCAGAUCCAUUUGAACCCGGAGAAGGAGAAGAUAUCUUCACUAUAACCUGGCCAACAAGUUCAGUUACCACUCUUGAACAAUCCUUGCCAACAGCUUCUACAGCCUCACCAGGUAGCUUAAUCUGUUAA